ACAGACGUGGAGUUUUGUAGGACAGACUUUGCAUUGGCUUCAGGGCAGUUUGCCUCCUGUUCUCCCUUUUUCUCUUGAAGAGAACCAGCAGGAAUAUAAAGCAGCCUUCAGCUCUCUCUGGACUGCUUGUUGGUGGUAACUGAGGAACCUUUUUUCCCUGAGAGUCUCACUGAGUACCUGGCCCUGUAGAAAAAUGAGUGACAUGCUGGAUGACGGCUCUUUCAUGUUCACAUCGGAGUCUGUGGGAGAGGGACAUCCAGAUAAGAUUUGUGACCAGAUCAGUGAUGCUGUCCUGGAUGCUCACCUGAGUCAGGACCCAGACGCCAAAGUGGCCUGUGAGACGGUGUGUAAGACCGGCAUGGUGUUGCUCUGUGGUGAGAUCACAUCUCGGGCCAACGUGGAUUACCAGAAGGUGGUGAGAGAUGCCAUCAAGCACAUCGGCUAUGACAACUCUGACAAAGGUUUCGACUAUAAGACAUGUAACGUGCUGGUGGCUCUGGAACAACAGAGUCCGGACAUUGCUCAGGGGGUCCAUGUUGACAGACACGAGGAGGACAUUGGAGCUGGAGACCAGGGUCUGAUGUUCGGCUACGCCACAGAUGAGACCGAUGAGUGCAUGCCUCUCACCAUCGUCUUAGCCCACAGACUCAACGCAAAGAUGGCUGAGCUCAGACGCAAUGGCAUCAUCCCCUGGCUGCGUCCUGACUCCAAGACACAGGUGACAGUACAUUAUGAUCAGAAAGACGGAGCUGUGAUCCCCAAGAGAGUUCACACCAUCGUGAUCUCAGUCCAGCAUGACGACUUCAUCUCUCUGGAAGAACAGAAGAAGGUCCUUAAAGAGAAGGUGAUCAACACAGUUGUUCCUGCUAAGUAUUUGGACGACAAGACCAUCUACCACCUGCAGCCCAGUGGUCGCUUCGUCAUUGGUGGACCCCAGGGUGAUGCUGGUGUUACAGGCAGGAAGAUCAUUGUCGACACAUAUGGAGGUUGGGGCGCUCACGGAGGAGGAGCGUUCUCUGGAAAAGACUUCUCAAAGGUCGACCGCUCUGCUGCCUACGCUGCUCGCUGGGUGGCCAAGUCUUUGGUCAAAGCCAAGCUGUGCAGGAGAGUUCUUGUUCAGGUGUCUUAUGCCAUUGGAGUGGCCUUUCCUCUGUCCAUCUCUUUGUUCACCUAUGGUUCCUCUGAGAAGUCAGAGACAGAGCUGCUCCAUAUUGUCAACAAGAACUUUGAUCUGCGGCCAGGAGUCAUUGUCAGGGAACUGAAUCUGAAGAGGCCCAUCUACCAGAAGACAGCUUCUUAUGGCCACUUUGGCCGGCCAGAGUUUACUUGGGAGAUUCCCAAAAAGCUUGUCUUCUAAAUACCCUGCCUGCCUGUCCUGACCAGAUCAACCCGCCUUGAGGUCGAGGCCUCUGAAUGAGCUACAACUGCCAGCUCCAUCAAUUGAUAGGACAUUGUUUUUCAUAGGAAGAAAAAAAGCCAAAGUUAUAGGGAUAAGUCAGCUUUAAAGAGGUGAGAAGAUACAUUACAUGCAAGAGUAGUUGAGGCCGGACAUAAGAUGGGACAUUCUUCUAAUGAGAAGAGACACAUCACAGAGGACCAACCUUUUCCCACCCCGUCCUUUUCUAGCCCACUUAACAUCUAAAUAUUGGUGCUUUAGAAAUAGGUUCAAUCACUACUGAGAUAUCUACUUUGGUAACAUAAAGGAAGAUGAAAAUGAAACUUUUUAUGCUACAAGAAGAGUUUUAUCUCAAAGUUGUGCAGCAACAACCUCAGCGCUUUAUGUUCAAACGGUGCUAUUGACAAGCAGAUAUUUCCAUCAUAUGAAUGUCAAAAGUGUAAUUAUUGCUCAACCAAAAGCUUGGCUGUAGAGUUUAAUCUUUGUGUCAUGACUGUGAAACGUCUUUUCUAAGUCUUAUCCUGUAAUGUGUGCUGCAGGAAGCUGUUUGCACUGUUACAAUCACCACUGAGCAAGAAGACAGGUCAUCAAAAAACAUGGGGUAAAGGUCUUAUCUCCUUAAACUAUGUUACAACCAAUCAAAUGUAAAAAAAACAUGCGGUCUUAUGUUUUCAAACUGCUCUUCAUCAAUGUCUGUCCUUUUUCAAGCCCUGCUUUGUUUUAGUAUAGCCGCACAGCUCACCUGGUGGCCGAUUUGUAUCUUUAUGUCUUUUUUUUUUUUACCUGCAGUCCUGCUGUUGUGGCUGAGUCUGUAAGCGUGACUCUGAACUGUCUUAAUUGUGAAUCAGUCUCUUGUUUUUACAUUCUCACAGCAGCAGGUUUUCAACACUGCACGCUGCUGAGACAGAGCUUUUACUGGACCACUGAUGUCUUACAUUUGCUGCAUUUUACAAUGUUUUAUCCCUGUGCCAAUCUGAGAGAACGUUGGCCAAAAGUUGGACAUUUCAUUUUUAACAUUUUGCUAAUUUCUUACUCAGUGCGCAGUGUUAAAAUUGCCCCCAAAACAUCUUGAACUGUUGUCUAUAUCGUAGACAGAUAUCCUUCACAAUUGAUUUUAGUUUUGUUUUUGUUCUUUUUAAAAGGGAGCGUUUCUAAAAAAAUAUCUUGCAAGGCAUUUGGCGCAAUUGAUUUUACUUUUGCUAUUUCUUAAUCACGUAAAAAAUAUUAAAUUCUACACUUGUAAUAGUCAUGAAGAAGUGUUAACGCCUUAAAACAACACAAGUUUACCUUAACGGUGAGUGUAACCUUCUGUGCUUUCAUCUACAGCCAACAUUGUUUUUGUUUUUUAAGAGAGAUAUUCCUCUUUUACACAUGCUGAUUUGUGUCCUCUGCUGUCAACCUUUGUUGGCAGAGAAAUGGGAUGAUGUAAAUAAUUAAAGAAAUAAAGAAAAGAGAAACUG